AGACCCCCUCCCCCUCAAUUCUUUGAUCCCAAGUUUUGGAGAGGCAGCUGCCGGGUGCUCCCUCCUCCCCUCAGAACAAACGCGAUAUUCAUCUGCUCCAGCUUGCAACCAACUAAACCCCCUCAAGGAAUCAUACUACUUUUUCUCCGCUCUCGAGCCACAAUCUAUAACCUUCACAGACAAAAAUUUGCCGCUGCACUGACACGAAAAUGAGGAGUAUCGUUUGCUGUACCUUGUGUCUGCUGUUUUUCACGGAAGUCCACGCACAAUCUCAGCGAAGGCCCGUAUUUACAUGUGGCGGAAAUAUAACGGGGGAAUCUGGCGUCAUCGGUAGCCAAGGAUAUCCCGGGGUUUACCCUCCAAAUACAAAAUGUGUUUGGACAAUCACGGUGCCAGAAGGGAAGGUGGUUGUCCUCUCCUUCCGCUUCAUCGACUUGGAGAAUGACAACCUGUGCAGAUACGACUACGUGGACGUAUACAACGGGCACCCCAACGGGCAGCGUCUGGGCCGGUUCUGCGGGACCUUCAGGCCGGGAGCUCUUGUUGCUACUGGCAACAAGAUGCUGGUGCAGAUGAUGUCUGAUGCCAACACUGCUGGAAGUGGCUUCCUGGCGGUUUAUUCUGCUGCCCACCCUCACGAGCGAGGGGAUCAGUACUGUGGUGGUCGCUUAGACAAGUCGCCCGGAUCCUUCAAGACACCAAAUUGGCCAGAGAAGGAUUACCCAGCAGGGGUCACCUGCUCCUGGCAUAUUGUGGCUCCUCGAAAUCAGAUUAUCGAGGUGAAGUUUGAGAAAUUUGAUGUGGAGCGAGAUAACUACUGCCGCUAUGAUUAUGUGGCCAUUUUCAAUGGGGGAGAAAUAAACGAUGCGAAACGCAUUGGGAAAUAUUGUGGGGACAGUCCGCCAGAUCCUAUCUUCUCUGAUGGGAACCAGCUCCUCAUUCAGUUCCUGUCUGACCUGAGCCUGACUGCGGAUGGGUUCAUCGGUCACUACAAAUUCAGGCCCAAGAAAUUCUCUACCACAACGAUGCCCCCGACCACCACCACCCCAAUGCCCACGACCAGAUCCACACCGUUGAAGUAUUCAGCUGCUCUGUGCCAGCAGAAAUGCAAAAGGAGUGGGACCCUUGAGAGCCAUUACUGUUCGAGCAACUUCGUGAUAACCGGCACGGUGAUCACUGCGGUGAUGCGGGGAGGCAGCAUGUAUGCCACCAUCUCCAUCAUAAAUGUCUACAAGGAGGGAAACCUCGCCAUUCAGCAAGCAGGCAAGAGCAUGAGCACCAAGAUUGUCAUCCUUUGCAAGAAGUGUCCUUCAAUCCGACGAGGGCUCAACUACAUCAUUAUGGGACAGGGAGACGAGGAGGGGCGUGGGAAGGUUGCCCCUCACCAUUUUGUGAUGGCCUUCAAAGCCAAAAACCAGAAAAGCCUGAAUGUCUUGAAGACCAAGCGCUGCUGAGCUUGCUCUACAACCCUCCCAGGCCUUUCUCCAGAAGCUUUCCCCAGCGCAUCUCAAUGUUGCCCACAGUGUUCUUCAGUUGUGGUGCCAGAUACGUCCCUGACACCAAUUGAACAGCCCUUGUCUGACCUUUUUUGUGUUUCGUCCUUUUCUCUUUUCUGGAGCUAACUGGGGCUGUCAGCUAAUCCUUACUCUUCGCCACUUUGUGGCCAGAGUCCAUAUGUUUCAAACAUGGGCAGAUGAAAGAGAUGCAUCAGUGCCAUCUCCUCUUUACUGCGGUCACAGCAUUUCAUCUUAAUCUCCGGGCAAUGUUGAAUGAACAAAAUGUGAGAGAGUAUUGUUUGUGGUGAUGUAAUGUGCAAUAAUGUGUUGUAAGUUGAUGUAUAGUUUCAUGGCAUAACAAUUUGUUAUAUCCCUUUGGAAUUGUUUUUACUGUGUAUGAAAGUAAAGCACUACUUAUCGUUUAUGUUCCAGCUAAAUUGUGAUGUUUGUAAUGAAAUUAGCUUUAAGAAACGCAUAGCAGUUAUUUUCCUAUGAAACCUUAGUGGUAAAUGUUAAUUUAAAUAAAUUGUUUUUGGCAGUUAAAAUAA